AUGCCGUUUUCUUGCGAGUCAGAGGCUUAUUCGCACUCAGAGUUUGGUCAUCAUCACCGGCACGGUGGUCACGCUGAUCGCGAUCAUCAUAAUAGCCAUGCUCAUGGUGCUCCUCCUAUCCCCACCAAUGAAUCACAAUCUCUCAAUUCCAAAAUCCUAACUACAAACCUUUCGGCUCUCAAUUUAGCAAAUCCUCAAUCACAUUUACCAUCUCUUUUCAAAGAUACUCAGCAUAAAUACAGUAUCAAGCCUUGUUUCAAAAGCGAUGCAGAUAAUCAGUUAAUUCUUAAGAUCCCCUUCGAAGGCAGUGUUAAGCUUUACUCUGUCAUUCUCAGAUCAUCCAAUCAGCCCGAUAAUUGUCCCAGAACUGUCAAAUUCUACAACACCAAUCAGGAUCUCGAUUUCGAUAACAUAAACUCGGUGGACGUUACCUAUCAGGCCGAGCAUCCUCAAGUUGGAGUUGAUGAUUCCAAUGAAUCAACCGAAGAUGAACUUGUCGAUGAUAUGUCAUUUGUCGAACAUUAUCUGCCAAGACAUCUGUUUACAGGGGUGUCCACUCUAACGGUUUUCCUCGAGGAUAACUGGUCUAAUGAUGACGAUUAUGCUCUACAUCUAUACAGUGUCGAGCUUCGAGGGGAAUUUCAUCAACUAAAAAGAAAUCCAGUCGUGACAAUCUACGAGUCUGCUUCUAACCCUGCCGAUCAUAAGAUCAUACUGUCAAGAAGCUCCUUGAAUUCCGCAAGUGAGGAAAGCAGGUAA